AUGGGCGAUGGACGCAUAGAUGGAAAUACGUCAGAGACCAAAUCAGGCCAUCGUGAUAGCGGGGAUCGCUACACAGUAUUCGAGGGCGAGGAAGAGCAGACGGUGGCCUGGGAACGCGAAUACCUGGUAGGUCCUCUUCCGUGUGACAUUAUUGUGAGGCUAGGCUGGCUUAGCAGAUAUCGGGUAUCAUGGUAUUUUCGGUCGGAUACGCUGCGUAGAGAUAUGGACACCCACUGCUCUGACCUGCCAAUACUGCCGCGAGAGGGGUUCGCUGGAGUGAUAAACCCGGACUCCACAGUGCGAUUGCUACACGCUACCCUCGAAGUACUGGGCACCGCCCGAAACUUUUCAACGCUUUCCUUAGGAGCCGGUCUUUGCCAGAUAAGGUUUGCACCCAAAGCGGACAGGUAGCAGACUGUUUUCUGUGGAGUAAUGGGUCUCUUUGAAUUUAAGCUGAUGUCGUUCGGUAUCCAAGAUGCGCGCGCCUUAUCAAAGACCAAUAUCAAUGCUUUUCUCCAAAUUGUGUUGGCCCAAGGAACAGUUGGCUAUUUUGACGACAUUCGUAUAUAG